UAAUGAUAUCACUCAUCAGCUAGCAGAACCGAAAAUCACAAACAAACAAACAAACAAAAAUGGCUGCCAAGGAUGCACUUUUCAAGCAUUUCUGCAUUUUGUCUGUCGUGUUCCUCUUGAUCAACCACGGAAUAUGCCUUCCCAAGGAUGAAGACAGGAAGGUCUACAUAGUUUACCUCGGUUCUCUUAAUCCAACUGAAACAUAUUCCCCGACUUCUCAGCAUCUCAGUUUGCUGCAACAAGUUGUCAAGGACCAGAGGUCCGCUUCCGCUUCACUCAUCAGAAGCUACCAAAGGAGUAUUAAUGGUUUUGCUGCUAAGCUCACUGAAAAAGAGGCACAGAAGCUAGCCAGCAAGGAUGAAGUAUUCUCAGUGUUUCCUAGCCAAACUUUCUACGUGCAGACCACAAAAUCAUGGGAUUUCAUCGGAUUGUCCAAGACAGCAAAACGGAUGCCCUCCACAGAGGGCAACAUUAUCAUCGCAGUCUUGGACUCCGGUGCUUAUCCCGAGUCCGAAUCAUUCAGUGACAAAGGCUUUGGCCCCCCUCCUCGCAAGUGGAAGGGCUCCUGCAAGGGUGGAUCCAACUUCACUUGCAACAACAAGCUCAUCGGAGCACGAAAUUAUGUAUCUGACGAGGAUUCUGCACUCGACGGUAAUGGACAUGGGACACACACGGCCUCGACUGCUGCCGGCAAUGCGGUGGAAGGGGCCAGCUUCUUCGGAAUAGCUAAUGGAACAGCUCGAGGAGGGGUACAGUCCUCCAGGAUCGCCAUUUACAAGGUAUGCGAUUCACGGGGUCAUUGCGACGGCGAUGGAAUUUUGGCAGCCUUCGACGACGCGAUCGCAGAUGGAGUGGACAUCAUCACUGUUUCACUGGGCAAUGUGGUGCCUUCUCCUUUUAACGAAGAUCCUUUCGCGAUAGGAGCUUUCCAUGCGACCUCAAAGGGUAUCCUGGUGACUCAAGCUGCGGGAAAUUUGGGGCCCUCUGCGGAAACAGUGACCAGUGUCGCCCCUUGGAUCCUCACUGUAGCGGCUAGCACCGUAGAUCGGCUGUUCAUCACCAAGCUUGUCCUGGGGAACGGGACGGUUAUAACUGGAAUAGCGGUAAAUUCGUUUCCAUCAGCUCUGAAUUAUUUUCCUCUCGUGUUCGGGAAGCAGGUUUCAAGCUCUUGUGGCGAGGCCUCUGCUAGAGCCUGCUAUGAGGGCUGUCUAGAAAUGCAGAAAGUGGCUGGGAAAAUCGUGAUCUGCGAGGGGGGGCUUGAUGCACCUUCCGAGGCUGCAGCGUUUGGUGCUCGCGGGAUCAUCCUGAAGGGUGCGGAUCGUGACGAUGCUUCUGCUUAUCCACUUCCCGCUGUGGCCCUGGACGACUCCAGCUUUGAAAAACUCCUAUCCUACCACAAUUCCACAAAAGAUCCUCAAGGGCGAAUAUUGAAGGGUGAAACCACUCGAGAUGCUGCUGCUCCUGCAGUCCCUCGCUUUUCUUCACGGGGACCAAAUGCGAUCACUCCCGAUAUAAUGAAGCCCGAUGUAAGUGCCCCUGGCGCUAAUAUAUUGGCUGCAUUUCCUCCAAAUUUGCCGCCAACACCCUUUGCUGGGGAUGAUAGGAGAGUGAAGUUCUUAGUAAAGUCUGGAACCUCCAUGUCUUGUCCACAUGUUGCUGGUGCAGCGGCAUAUGUUAAAACAUUUCAUCCCGACUGGUCUCCUUCUGCUGUUAAAUCAGCUCUAAUGACAACUGCUUCGAAGCUCCGGGAUACUACUACCCGUGUAGACCUUUCAGGACGCGAAUUUUCAUAUGGUUCGGGACAAAUCAAUCCCUUAAAGGCCGUGGAUCCUGGUCUAGUUUAUGAAACCACAAAGGCAGACUAUGUAAACCUACUGUGUAGCUUGGGCUACGAUAUAAGAAGCAUAGAUAGCAACGGUACUUGCCCCAAGGGAGCCAAGAACAUCACGGAGGCAGAGCUCAACUACCCUUCUUUGACUUUCAAAGCGCCGGUCUCAGAGCCCUUCGAGUUGGCCAUCAACAGGACUGUCACCAAUGUAGGGCCUCCGAACUCAACCUACAAGGCCAAAGUUGACGUCUCCCCAAACAUUAACAUCACUGUGGUCCCAGAGGUCAUUUCCUUUGAGUCAGUCUCCGAGAAGAAGUCUUUCACCAUUGGGAUUUCAGCGAGUGGUUUGCAAUCUGGCGCACUGUUGUCUAAUGAGGUUGUUUGGUCCGAUGGCGUGCACCAUGCGAGAAGUCCGGUCAUCGUGUAUACUGAACAAGAUAGUCCAGAAUAAUUGUCCGGUCAUCGGGUAUAUUGGUUAUGGACUUCUUCUAAUCAAGAGACACAACCAUACAAUUAAAUAGUGUACGUGUUUUCCCACUUUGCACGGGCAGGGAUCUGAGAUCCAAAUCGAAUAAGCCAGCACCCCAACUGUUUGGUCGAUUCUUGCACGUACUUAGGAGCGGCAAGAGCAUAAAUUUCAGACUGGCCGGAUUUGCACUCGAACAACUUUAACUGGUUUCAGUAGACAGUUGUCCUUCCAUCCAUAAAUCGACCCCCUGAUACGCAGCUUUGUUUCCAGAUAUAUAUUAUCUUAAAGAGCAUUAUUCGAAAUGCCAGUUUUCGUUUCUUUUUGCCCA